CAAUGGCCUAGAAGCAAGUGUGGAGGUGAUGCAAGGCGCGGACACAUCACACGGUGGAUGUCCUCCACAAGAUGCAUGUCUUCCAAAGUUCUGAAACGAACUGAUUCCAUUUCAUUCCUGGAAACUUGAGCUACCAAAACAAAAUAUUUGUAAUAAUUGAUGCAAAAAGAAAAGUGUACAUUAGCUUUAAAAAAAUUUGAUGUUUGAGUAAUUUUGUGCACAAUUUGAAUACUACAACACGAGUCUGCUGCACGAGCUAGUAGUGGACUUGAUGGAUGGUUGAAGUUCUCAGCGCCACUACUAGAGCGGUUUUAAGACUCGGAUUAUGUUUGAUUGUUGCAGAAACCUCUCAUGGCUGGUCAGUGGUAGGUCACAAUGAGUUCCUCGUUGUCGUCUGAUCAAAUCCUCUUGGACCAGGACGGACAAGGUGAAGCAUUCGAAGACGAGGACAAUGGAAUUUACUACGAUGCAGACGGCAACGUCCUGGACAUGUCCCACGUGGACUGGAGCAAACACGAAUACGUGGGCAUCGCCAACCACACCGGCGUGUCUUCAUUGGACGGAGAGCUGGUGUCGGCAGGGCGCGUGGUUGCCCUGGUGUUCUUCGCGGUGAUAUUCGUGGUGGGUGUCCUCGGGAACAGCCUGGUGGUGUACACGGUAGGGCGCCAGAUUUCUAUGAGGAAAGUGACGUAUUUAUACCUGUUAAACCUCUCGGCUGCCAACCUCCUUUACCUGGUGAUAUGCGUGCCCACUUUGAGCGUGAGCCACACGUUAGUCAGCUGGCCAUUUGGAAACAUUCUAUGUCACCUGACCAACUACGUCAUGUCUGUCAGUAUGGCGGUCAGUGUUCUGACAAUCACUGCUACAGGGUUUGACCGUUACUUGGCAGUCAUUUAUCCAGUGGAUUCUAGGCUUGUGAGAACCACGAAGAGGGCGGUGGUCAUUAACAUUUCCUGUUGGCUCUUAGCUUUGGUCAUCAUGACCCCAAGGAUCUUCCUCUACAACGAAAAGAAAGUCUUCCACAUCGUGUCCACGGUGACUGUGUGUCACAGGGUAGAGAGACUUCUGCUCUUGCAGAUUGACACAGUGCUUAACUUUGUGCUCAUGUAUCUUCUUCCUCUCUCUAUGCUCAGCGUGUUCCACUUCAAAAUCGGCCAAAGACUUUGGCAUUUUACAAAGCCCGGAACUCGAUCCACACAAGGAGGAAAUAUGCAAGUUCUCGUCAUCAAAGACAGGCGACGGAUCGCGAAAAUUGUUUUCGCAAUAACUCUAGUAUUUGCAGUCGGUUGGUUACCUAUUCACGUGUACCACAUAGCUGAGGACUUCAAUAGUGGUCACAUUCUGUUUGAUCCAUACGUUUAUAGGGGGACACUAGUUUUAUUGUUCUCAUUCGGAGUUAACUCCCUGAACCCCAUAUUAUACUGUAUGCUAAGUCAUGGCUUCAGGCAAAGUUUUAAGAAGGUGCUUGGGGUGUGUGCAGAAAGGUCAUCUAGAACUGUUCACGUCCAAAAUCAUGGCGCCACCCAGUCUGUACAAAAUGUGUAUCGCCGCCCCCCUCCUGUACUUCUACCUCGGCCUGCCACAACAACGUCGGAAGCGUUUCUCAGGCCCCACCCCAACAUCCACAUAAACAUAAAGCAGACGACGCCCCUGCUCUACGGUGCCUCGAUGGAGUUUUGCGUGAACAAUUUAGAAGCAGUGCAAGAAGUCAACGCAGAGUGCUCUCCCCUGUCUAUUACCAAAGAGCCACUUCUUGAGCUGAGAGGUCAGAAACCAGAAAACAACGUGGAGACACGGGCACAUAACUCUACACCUAAUAAUGCAAUUACCUCCCCUGUCAUCAGCUCUCCAAAUGACGUUUCAGAGAUACAAUAUCGCACCUGUAAAUCUGAAAGUGACGAACAUAAUCUCCUGGAUAUGAAUAACUUUCACUGCCAGUCACGUGACUCCGAAAGAAGCGCUCCAGCCAGCAGCCGGCCUCUAAGCACAAGUUUGUCAGUGUCCAUCGAACAGUUUGCUGCACACAAUGAAAUCACCAGGACUUGUAGAGACACAAGUGAAGGACCUCCUUCAUCUGUUACUACAACCCAGGCUAGUGCUAAAGACGAAAGCUAUUCUAAAUUGAGUGAUGCCAACUUGGAGUUUUCUCUACACAACUCGAGCAAUACCAAUAGUGAAGCAUCCCAACAACAUUUAAGUGAACAAUUAUUGAAACAUUUUUUGCCUCGAGUGGAUUGAAAAUUAUUGUAUGCAAAUGUCUCAUUGAUCAAUUGUUUAAUUAUUUAAACAUUCGUGUAAUUACAGUUUCAAUGUCUCUAAACAUUUGUUGUACUUAAAACUUGAAUUAUUGAAGAGAAAAUGAAUGGAGUAAAGUUUAGGAUAGGCUCGAACAUUUCUUGUCAUCAGCUUGCUAACCGUCGACCUUGCUCUAGACCUAGACCUAAAACUAUAGCGAAACAUACGAACCUGACAACGAGUAUUUUUAUGUUUUUUUGGGAAGAAGAGUUGAUAUAUGUUAGUGACAAGGUACACAACUCCUUAUUGGCCAAAUCUACAAGGCCUACAACUCUUGCAAAACCCUAAACGCAUACAAGGUUGAAAACUCCUCAAAGGCCUCAAUAACUUGAAGACCAAAAACUCACGUGGGCCUUUACUGCUCAGCAGACAUAUUUAGGUUGUUGACAUCAAAUGAUAAUAAUAAUAAAAGAUAACUUGCGAACAGAAAUGACUUGAAAUUUUGAAAAUUUGUGCAGUUUGAAGUUUGGAUAGAAGGUACAGAAAUACAAAUUUGAUGAACAUCCAACAAGAUUUUGUCCAUUAGUUUGUCAGUCAACAAAACUGAUCGUGUGUAAGUAGGUUAGGGUGGCUAAUGUAACAGCACUCUAUAUGUUUGUAUCACUACAUUUCUUGCUAUUUAUUAUUUCCUGGUUGCUAGGUACUUAGUUCUACGUCUACAGAAUUGACGUUGAUCAUUCCAGCAGCAACUUGUAUAUAAUGGACGUACUCAUAGAAGUCAUAGAGGUAUCACGUCUACGUCAUUUAUAUGUAGAGUAGUAUGAUGAGUUUAAGCUAAUGUGUAUGUAUAUAUAUAUAAGCACUCACACAAAUACAUAUACAUACUCAGUGACAAUAUCUGUGUGUAUACAGUGUAUAUAUAAAAUAUGUAUAUAUCUAUAAUACCGUUGAUGAAUACACUGUUGAGAAUAUUUUUAUUUUUUAUUUUUGAUGAAAUAAAGACUAGUAAGAAAUUGAAA